GAAAGCGAGAGAGACGCAGUGUGGGCGGGUUAAGAGGGAGGAGAUUUCACACCGUGUCUUUUUUUCUGUCACGGCAUCCGCCGAAAACGAGGGCAUUGGUGACUUGGUUUCUUAUUUUCGAAUUACAGUUUGCCUCCUUUUCGCAGUCCAGCUCAUUUCGGGAGGCACCGGAGGCCCCAGUGCUCCACCCGUUGCGUUCAGGCGGGUAUCAGACUGUCAUAGGUGUGAGUGUGUGACGGAUGCUUGGAGGACACUGAGCAGGGUACCAUCUCACACACCUCACGAUGGCCAGAAUGAGUUUCCUAUCCUUUCUCCUCUUUUGCUUGACUUCGGUUGCCCAUGGCAACAAAGCCAAUAAACACAAGCCAUGGAUCGAGACGGAGUAUCAAGGCAUCGUCAUGGAAAACGACAACACUGUCCUUCUCAACCCACCUCUGUUCGCCCUGGAUAAAGACGCACCUCUGCACUAUGCAGGGGAGAUCUGUGGGUUUAGGGUUCACAAUGGACCAGGUGGUUCUGGUUCGGCGCAGUUUGAGGCAGUGGUGCUGGAUCGCUCCACUGGGGAAGGUCUGGUUCGAUCCAAAGAGCCUCUGGACUGUGAAAGCCAGAAGGAGCACAGCUUUACCAUCCAGGCGUAUGACUGCGGUGAAGGUCCUGACGGCACCAACAGCAAGAAAUCCCACAAGGCCACCGUGCAUGUUCGUGUCAAUGACGUGAAUGAGUUUUCUCCUGUGUUUGUGGAGCGCCGGUAUGAAGCGUCAGUGCCAGAGGGUCGUCUGUUUGAUCGUAUCGUGCGAGUGGAAGCUGUAGAUGCCGACUGCUCUCCUCAGUAUAGCCAGAUCUGCUUCUAUGACAUCAUCACACCCAACGUCCCAUUCACCAUUGAUAAUGACGGGAACAUAAAGAACACGGAGCCACUGGACUCCAAACGGCAGCGUGUGCACAGUUUCUGGGUCACAGCAUUUGACUGUGGGAAGAAUCGAGCUCAGGCUGAUGCUCAGGUCAUAGUCACUGUCAAACCUUCCUGCAAACCAGGCUGGAUCGGAUGGACAAAGCGCAUCGAGUACACUCCUGGCUCCGGUAGCAUCCCUCUGUUUCCAAACCUGCACCUGGAGACCUGUGAGGAAACAGUCUGGAACAUCCAGGCCACCGUUGAGCUUCAGACCAGUCACAUCGGGAAGGGCUGUGACAGAGACAGCUACUCCGACCGCUCUGUGCGCAGACUCUGUGGUGCAGUGAGAGGUGAAGUGGACCUCCUGCCACCACCAUCUCCUGCGACCAACUGGACAGCUGCGCUGCCGACUCUGCCCUCCUCCGAUUCUUCGCUGGUGUUUUCUUUUAACGGCUCCACUCAUGUUGCUGUAGUGCCCGAUUCAGUGGCUUCAGCAGUGUCCGGCGAUCACUUCACCCUGCAGCUAUGGAUGAGACGAGGAGGAGCCAGCACUCAGCCACCAGCCAAUCAGGCGAGAGGAACCCGCAAAGAGGAGGAGACUAUUGUCUGCAGCACUGUAAAGAAUGAUGACUCGUACUCUCACUACUCUCUAUCUGUUCAUGGCUGUCGUCUGUCUCUCUUCUACUGGCCGGAUGUGUCCGCCGCCAGACCCGUCAAAUUCCUCUGGAAACUGGAGCAGGUGUGUGACAGCGAGUGGCAUCAUCUGUCUCUGAGUGUCCAGUUCCCCUCUGUCACCCUCUAUGUGGAUGGUGUAACGUUUGACCCGGCUCUCAUCCACGACAACGGAGCCAUUCCCAACCCCGCACCACACCAGCGGCUGGUCAUCGGAGCCUGUUGGGAGCCAGAGGAGAAACCGAAAGACAUUGUGAACAACACCAUGCCAGAGAAUAAAGACACAGGAAAGUUCGUCAGUGGUUAUAAAGGGCUUUUGUCAGGCGUGACGGUGCGUCCGGGAAAUGUGGAGCCACACAGUGUUGUGGAGUGUCUGUAUGCCUGUCGAGAGGGGCUGGAUUUCGGAGACCUUGAGACUUUGGGCUCAGGCAUGAAGGUGCAUGUGAACCCGAGUCAGUCAGUGCUGGUGUUAGAGGGAGACGACAUUGAAAGCUUCAACCGUGCCGUUCAGCAGGUGACAUACAGAAACUCUCUACGAUUCGCCACUCCUGGUGUCCGACCACUCAAACUCACCACCUCUCUCAGGUGUUUCAGUGAGGAGAGUUGUCUCUCUCUCAGACAGCUGGAGGGUUACCUGGUCGUUCUCCAGCCUGACGCACCUCAGAUCUCCCUCUCCGGGGUGGGACCCCAUCUGGCCCGUCCAGCUGCUGAGUUUGAGGGUCCUCAAGGGGUUCCCUUGUUCCCUGAGCUCCGAAUCGUCUGCUCCUUGUCUCACGCUGUGAACACAGCUGCUCAGGGCAUGGAGGGAGGGGCGCUGAUGUCAGACGCCGUCGCUCACACUCUGGAUGGGUGUGAAGUCCAGCCCUUGGGGGAGGAGCUAAACACUGAGAGGGAGGAGCUUCUGGUUGACAUGGAGUCUUUGAGAGAGAGGGGGCUCGACAUCAUCAACACAACGGCCUACAUUGCCAUUACUGGUGCGGAGUCUAUCUCUGUGUAUGAGGAUGUGCUACGCUCUAUUCACUAUCGCUUAGCAAAGGGCUCAGCUCGUUUUGAACGAAGGUUUCGUCUGUCGUGCUCAGAAAUGAAUGGUCGCUACACCAGUAAUGAGCUCACAUUGGAGGUAAACUUCCUGCACUCUCUGGACAGUCUCUACCACCCGUCUCACCUGCUGGCAUCUCAGCAGCAGUUCCUCCAUCCAUCCCAUCACACUGGAGAACUGAGCGGACACACGCUUCCCAACCCACACCGCAACUCAGUGGUUCCAGGAGCUGCCACUGUCAUCAUCAUGGUGUGUGUGGGUUUCCUGGUUGUCAUGGUGAUUCUUGGAGUUUUUCGCAUUCGCUCCAUCCACCGCCGUGGUGAAGGAGCAAGAGGUGGAGGCAAGGAGGGCGGUAACCAAUGGGAUGAUUCGGCCCUCACCAUCAUUGUGAACCCAAUGGAGACAUAUGAGAACCGUAUGGGGAUCACAACAGACAUGGAAGGAGAGUGUGAGGAUGAGGAAGAAGUCGUGGAUUCACCCGAUGACACCAGUGAUGACCAGCGAAUCAUCAUCAAGAAAGAGGGAAGAGACUCCGCCCCUAGGCGCUACUGAACCAAUUGAUGACACCCGCAUACUAAACACCUCCCACUCAUUUAAUUACAGGAAUACACACACACACACACACACACACAGACGCACCAUCAAAGAAAAUGAAAGUGUCUAACACAACUGAGACACGAUUAUAGGAUCUCAGCCUCAGUGAAUGCAACGCUUCUCUCUGGAAUGUACGCUCCCACAAUGCACAGCGCAUUCCCUCUCAACCCAGAUGUAUUUAUUAAUGGCACACUUAUAUGUUCGUUCAUUAUACAGCCUUUCCAACUGACGUGCUUACUAAAGUGUUUUAAACACAGGAUUGACACUAAUUGUUAACGCUAAUUGUUGUCAACGAAUUAACACUGAAAUAUAACUAAAGACCCCGAUAUACUGAAAGUUAUAGCGAAGAAUAAAUUGAUGUGACGUCAUAUUUUAUAAUAUCAUGCCAAAAACAAAGUUCGUAAUACCACUUGCCAAAACAAACAUCUGGAAAAGUUUGCUUAUGUUCGAAACUACUUUCUAAUUACUGUCUGCUUGUUGAGUGUGACUUCAUGUGAAUCUGCUUCCGGGUCCAAGCCCUCUAUCAAACUGCACAGGGAGACUCGUCAAAUGGUAAACGUUUACAAAGCGAUGUAAUACUUUUGAAAAUCACAAUCAAAUAUAUAUAUAUAUAUAUAUCCAUGCCUAAUAUUCGAUGACCAGAAAGUGAUACAUUUUUUAUAAAUUGUUAAAAUAUUGGUGUCUGUGAUGCAGUCGUGUAUACAACGAUUUUAUAUAAAAUUCAUUAAAGUUGAAUUGACUAAAAGGUGGUCAUAAACGAAUACUUUCUUAAUUAAAAUGAGUAACUGCUUGGACCCGGAAACAGAAUUCCGGACGUCACGACUAAACAAGCGGAUUGGUCCAUUCCAUGGUGAUUACAUAAUCAGUAGGUGUGGCUUUGAGGUUCCGCCUUUGUGGUCUUAGAAAUCUUCUCAGAUUUAUUUUUAGUUUACGUCAUCACACACUAGAACAGGGGUUCUCAACCUUUUUCACUUCGAGGCCCACCUUUGUCUUUAAAUUUUUUUUGAAGGCCUAAACUGAUUGUCUAGAGAAAAUGCUUAUUUUAAAGCUAUAUAUACACCUUUUUUAAUAUUAUAUAAAAUAUAGUAAGUUUUUUGUUGUUUUUUUAACGCAGAAAGGUGCAAAACUCCUGAAUUCUUCAGUUAAUCUUUACAACUGCAGAGUCUUUGGGCCUUUACAGUAAAGGAACCUGACAGGACUACAGGAGAUGGCAAAAAAAUAAAACUGCUGCUGCUUUGAAUUAGACUGACUCCUAUUAAUCUAUUUAUCUAUAUCUACUAAAAUAAACAACCCUAAAUGUAAAUCUAUUGAGGCAUAUCAAUCUGAAGGCGGUUGGGUUUGUAGCUGGACAUUAUUGGAGUUCGCUGACAGGAACAGUGUCUUAAGUCUCGCUGGAUCCUCCUGUACUAACGAGCAGCAGUUAUAAAACACUUACAAGACGUUAAUUUGGACAAUGAGGAUAUUAUAAAGUGUUCACACAAAGAGAGCACGCAUAGUUUGUAAAUCAACGGACUUGUUUGACUCUGGUUCAGUACGAGUCGCAAACAUGAGGCAUGCUCGAGCUGGCUAUUAUAAUCAUUGUUACAUUUGCGUGACAGUUUGCUUUAUACAAGAAUGUGGACCCAGUUGACACGCAGCGGUUAAAAAAUUUAAGCCACAGUUAUGUCUCUAAUUAACAGUGAGGCUGUUUUUGCGGUCCGAAUUAGCCUGUUCAAUCACAAAAAAUCAGGAAAUGCCAUUACUACUAUCAUUUUAUUAUGCCAUUUUUAAUUAUGAAAUCAAUAGAAUAAUAUUUAAGUUAAUUUUAAUUCAUCUCGCGACCCACCGGUUGAGAAUCCCUGCACUAGAAAGCUGCAUCAUAUUAGAGAAGCUUUUAAAAGAAAUAAUAAUACGAUAUGAUAUCCAUAUACCAUAUAAUAAUAAAAUAUGAUAUUUUGAGGUGGCACGGUGGCUCAGUGGCUAGCACUAUCGUCUCACAGCAAGAAUGUUCCUGAUUUAGAGUCCCUGCUGGGCCAGUUGGCAUUUCUGUGUGGACUUUGUAUGUUCUCCCCGUGCUCGCUCCGGGUGCUCCGGUUAGCCCCACAGUCCAAAGACAUACGGUAUAGGUGAAUUGGCCGUAGAGUUUGAGCGUGUGUAUGAAUAUGAGUGUGUAUGAGUGUUUCCUAGUACUAGGUUAUGGCUGGAAGGGCAUCCGCCGUGUAAAACAUAUGCUGGAAUAAUUGGCGAUUCAUUCCGCUGUGGUGACCCCUAAUAAUUAAGGGACUAAGUGAAAGAAAAAUAAAUGAAUGAUAUUUUGUAUUGAUCUUAUUCUUUCACGUAUGAGCAGGCACAGCCAUCAAAAUUUUAUUGGCUUAGAACUUCCAGUUUCAUUCACUUCCAUUGAUUUUUUUAGCUGUAAGAACAGCUUGUUAUGCUGCUUGAUGUUGCAAACUUGUAUUUUCUUAUUAUAAAAAUUUUAUUUUUAUGUAUAGUCAUAAACACUUGUUUGUAGAUGAAGUAGUUUGAUCAUUCACUGCCGUUUGUUAUUCCCAGUCAUUUCCUGCAUAGAGAAAUGAAAGCUUAACAAGUAGAUUAAAUAAACAUUAUGUGAUUGAAGUGCCGAAUUGCGCAGCUAAAUCCACUUUUCCCCAAUCUGAUGCUUCCUUAACAACUGUUUUCUCUCUGUCGCUGUCAUUCCUUGUGUUUACUUCAUUAUUUACAUAAAUGCCACACUCUAGUUGCUACAUAGUUGCAAAUGUAAAGCGAAGUUCGCAGUGAGUAUAUCGGGGCCUUAAUAUAACGUGUAGUGCCCAGUACAAAACACUCCAGUAGCUGUAUUUCCUCUGCACAAUCUGUCUCGAUACAUUCCUUGACAAACUCCCUUGUACAGAUAUAAAGGAUUAGUCCGUAAAGGUGUUUCGUCAUAGUGAUAGACUACAGCUAGGUAUGCAAGUGCUUUCUUUUAAGCAUCACAAUACACACGCGCGCACACACCGAUCUUUUGUGCGACUCUUCUCACAACCUCACGACAAACACAACGCCCUCUGCUGUAUCAGAAUGUUCGCUCAACCUGGGCAGUUUUGAUUGUACUUAAAUGUAUGUAAAUACAAAUGACUACUACUAUUAUUAUCAUUUAAUUUUUUGGUCAUUUUCAGUCUUUGCACUUUCGGAUAGGCUAGGUAUUUCUUUUUCGAAUAUCUCUGUUGGUAAUAUACAGUGAUAAUGACAAUAAUAGUAUUAGUAAUAAGAGCGGUAACGAUUGGCUUGAUGAAUGUCUAUUUAUUUGUGUGUUCAAUCGUGUAAUUAAUAUCACAGUGAAACGGAAAGGCACAUUAUUGUUAUGCCUAGAACACUUUUCACCUCUGCUGUCAUCUUCCCUUUUUCUCUCUCCUGACACUCUUUAGAUACACGCUGCUUUAUUUCGCCUUUUUUUUUGGUUUUCUGAAUGUACGACCGUGCCACCCGUCCUCCUUUCAGCUCGCACUCCUUCUCUCUCUUUCUCCCUGUGACUAUUUCUCUGUCUGUGUUAGUGUACAGUGGAAACCUGUCAGUAAAUAAAGGCCUGUUGUUUUUGCAGUGUGAUAUUAAGAAUGGAUACAAAUUGCAUUAAUAAGCUAUAUUAUUACAAUGGUUACCAUUGGGACAAUUAACUAUACUUAUUGACACAAUGACAUGAAUUAUAUGGAUUGAUUGUUAUUGAUAACCGUCUGAAGAAGUAAUAUGUUCAAAAAAAUUCAUAAUAAAAACACAUGGACGACGUCA